AAGCCCAAUUAAAUAAUAUUAAACUCAAAGAUACAGAGGGAGAAGAAGAGACGUAUGUGACUGAUAUGAAGGCAGAAGAUAUAGAGGGAGAAGAAGAGACGUAUGUGACUUGUAUAAAGGCAGAAGAUAUAGAGGGAGAAGAAGAGACGUAUGUGACUGAUAUAAAGGCAGAAGAUAUAGAGGGAGAAGAAGAGACGUAUGUGACUGAUAUAAAGGCAGAAGAUACAGAGAGAGAAGAAGAGACGUAUGUGAGGGGUGAUCAGCAGUGUAAGGAGGAGGAGAUCCCUACAGAUAUCAGCACAGAUGGACACACAAGCAGGAAUAUCUCAGAAGGACAUCUAAUAUCAUCCCCGGAUUGUGAAAUAAAAGAUGACAGUAGACAGGAUUCUCCAGGAACUAAUCUCAUUACCCCAAUUGUACAUCCAGCUCUAUCAGCUGAUCCCUCUGAUCCUGGGAAAUGUUCUCCUGAUCACUCUGAUAUUGGUGCAUCUGUUACAGCUCUGACAGUAGAUACAGUGUUUUCCUGUUCUAUAGGUGCACCAUGUUUUACACAGAACACAAAGCUUAUUACACAUCAGCCAGCUAAGGCAGGUGAGAGGCAAUUUCCAUGUUCUGAGUGUGGGAAAUGUUUUGCACGGAAAUCAUUUCUUGUUAUACAUGAGAGAAGUCACACCGGAGAGAAGCUAUUUUCAUGUUCUGAUGUUAUACAUGAGAGAAGUCACACCGGAGAGAAGCUAUUUUCAUGUUCUGACUGUGGGAAAUGUUUUACAUCCAAAUCAAAUUUUGUCAUACAUCAGAAAACUCACAUAGGUGAGAGUCCAUUUACAUGUUCUGAGUGUGGGAAAUGUUUUACACGGAAAUCACAUCUUGUUAUACAUGAGAGAAGUCACACCGGAGAGAAGCCAUUUACAUGUUCUGAGUGUGGGAAAUGUUUUUCACUGAAAUCGAAUCUUGUUCAACAUGAGAGAAGUCACACUGGAGAGAAGCCAUUUUCUUGUUCUGAGUGUGGAAAAGGUUUUUCACACAAAUCAUGUCUUGUUCAACAUGAGAGAAGUCACACUGGAGAGAAGCCAUUUACAUGUUUUGAGUGUGGGAAAUGUUUUACACGGAAAUUACAUCUUGUUCAACAUGAGAGAAGUCACACCGGAGAGAAGCCAUUUUCAUGUUCUGAGUGUGGAAAAUGUUUUGCACUGAAAUCAACUCUUAUCAGACAUGAGAGAAGUCACACCGGAGAGAAGCCAUUAUCAUGUUCUGAGUGUGGGAAAUGUUUUGCACUGAAAUCAACUCUUAUUAGACAUGAGAGAAGUCACACCGGAGAGAAGCCAUUUACAUGUUCUGAGUGUGGGAAAUGUUUUUCACUGAAAUCGAAUCUUGUUCAACAUGAGAGAAGUCACACUGGAGAGAAGCCAUUUUCUUGUUCUGAGUGUGGAAAAGGUUUUUCACACAAGUCACAUCUUGUUACACAUGAGAGAAGUCACACCGGAGUGAAGCCAUUUACAUGUUCUGAGUGUGGGAAAUGUUUUUUACUGAAAUCGAAUCUUGUUCAACAUGAGAGAAGUCACACUGGAGAGAAGCCAUUUUCUUGUUCUGAGUGUGGAAAAGGUUUUUCACACAAGUCAUAUCUUGUUAUACAUGAGAGAAGUCACACUGGAGUGAAGCCAUUUACAUGUUCUGAGUGUGGGAAAUGUUUUUCACUGAAAUCGAAUCUUGUUCAACAUGAGAGAAGUCACACUGGAGAGAAGCCAUUUUCAUGUUCUGAGUGUGGGAAAGGGUUUAUACAGAAAUCACAUCUUGUUAGACAUGAGAGAAGUCACACAGGUGAGAGGCCAUUUUCAUGUUCUGAGUGUGGGAAAGGGUUUACACAGAAAUCACAAAUUGUUCAACAUGAGAGAACUCACAGAGGUGAGAGGCCAUUUCCAUGUUCUGAGUGUGGGAAAUGUUUUACACAGAAAUCAGGUCUUGUUACACAUCAGAGAAGACACACAGGUGAUAGGCCAUUUCCAUGCUCUGAGUGUGGGAAAUGUUUUAUCUGGAAAUCAGAACUUGUUAAACAUCAGCGAAGUCACACAGGUGAGAAUCCAUUUCCAUGUUCUGAGUGUGGGAAAUGUUUUACAUACAAAUCACAUCUUGUUAUACAUCAGAGAAGGCACACAGGUGAGAGGCCAUUUUCUUGCUCUGAGUGCGGGAAAUGUUUUACCUGGAAAUCACAACUUGUUACACAUCAGCGAAGUCACACAGGUGAGAAUCUAUUUCCAUGUUCUGAGUGUGGGAAAUGUUUUACAAACGAAUCACGUCUUGUAAUACAUAAGAGAAUACAUACUGGUGAGAAACCAUAUUCCUGUUCUGAGUGUGGGAAAUGGUUUACAUACAAAACUACUCUUGAUGCACAUAAGAGAAGUCACACAGGUACAUCACCAUUUCCAUGUUCUGAGUGUGGGAAAUAUUUUGCACAGAAAUCACAACUUGCUAGACAUCAGAGAAGUCACACAGGUGAGAGGCCAUUUCCAUGUUCUGACUGUGGAAAAUGUUUUGCACGGAAAUCACACCUUGUUACACAUCAGCAAAGUCACACAGGUCAGAAGCCAUUUCCAUGUCCUGAGUGUGGGAAAUGGUUUGCACAGAAAUCAGGUCUUGUUAAACAUCAGAGAAGUCACACAGGUGAGAAGCCAUUUCCAUGUCCUGAGUGUGGGAAAUGUUUUGCACGGAAAUCAGAUCUUGUUAUACAUAACAGAAGUCACACAGGGGAGAAUCCAAUUUCUUGCUCUGUGUGUGGGAAAUUGUUUGCACAGAAAUCAGAUCUUGUUAAACAUCAGAGAAGUCACACAGGUGAGAAGCCUUUUUCUUGCUCUGAGUGUGCAAAAUGUUAUACUCGGAAAUCAUAUCUUAUUAUACAUAUGAGAAGUCACACAGGUGAGAGGCCGUUUCCAUGUUCUGAGUGUGAGAAAUGUUUUGCACACAAAUCAGAUCUUGUUAUACAUAACAGAAGUCACACAGGGGAGUAUCCAAUUUCUUGCUCUGAGUGUGGGAAAUGUUUUAAACGGAAAUCGGAACUUGUUAUACAUCAGAGAAGUCACACAGGUGAGAAGCCAUUUCCAUGUUCUGAGUGUGAAAAAUGUUUUGCACUCAAAUCAACUCUUGUUAGACAUCAGCAAAGUCACACAGGUGAGAAGCCAUUUUCUUGCUCUGAGUGUGGGAAAUGUUUUGCACACAAAUCACAUCUUGUUAGACAUCACAAAAGUCACACAGGUGAGAGGCCAUUUCUUUACUCUGAGAAAUAAAUCAGCUCUUGUUGCACACAAUAGACCACUCAGGUGAGGAGCCAUUUUAAUCUUCUGGAGUAUAGUUAUCAUUGCCAUGCAUUGUUCUUCAAGGUUCUUAUCCUAUCUCCUAUGCUUUUUGCAAUAUACAUGCUACCGCAGGGUGAAAUAAUCAGAUGCCAUGUCCUCAUCUACCACUGCUAUGCAGAUGACCUGUCUCUUGCUCCGGGUAACCCAGUACCAAUCCUAAAUGGUUGUGUAGCUGAGCUCCAGGUGUGGGUGAUGCCAGUUGGCUGUGAUUCAGUUCUGGUGAAACAUGUCCUUCUGAUAGAAGCUCACCAACAAAGGGCAGGGCUACAGCUCAGCUUUGUUACCAACCAGACUUAUGCUUAUGUGUUCAGAGUUACAAAAUGCUGAUCAUGUGCGGAAUAUUGGUGUCCUGGAAGGCGGAGUGACACUUAAACAUCAGUUAUCAGCCACAAUCAGAUCCUCAUCUGAGGAACAUAGCCAGACUCCAGCACUUAUUUCCCUCAGAAGAUCUACCUACAGUCAUACAUGCACUUGUAUCAUCACACAUAGACUACUGCAAUGUGCUCUACCUGGGUCUCCCAGCAAAAGAAUUGCACCGCUUGUAGCUUGUACAGAAUGCAGCAGCCAGGCUGUUACCUAACCAGCCCGUUCCUGCCACAUAACACCCAUUCUCUGCUCCCUUCACCGGCUGCCUGUAAGAUGGUGACUCUGUGCCUAAUUCAGGUUGGAUUGCAGUGUGCGAUCCAAAUGGAGUUAUUG